AUGGGUGCUACGCGAGCUCACCAUUCAGUCAAAGGUGUUGCUAGACAAUUACGUGUAGCCAUGUGCAACCAUGCAAGACAGACAAAAGGAUUUGAAUAUGCACUUGCACAACCAAUAAAUCAAGAUACACGCUAUAUUUAUCUCAAUGAAAUGAAUGGAAAGGAACUUUCAGUCAUAGAUCCAACAACAUGGUUAUGGAAGAAAACGGGUAACGAAUCAGCAUAUCCAUAUGAGAAUUACACCGGUGGAUGUAUACCAAAUAUUUUAGUCAAACUGGUAUCAGUUGGAAAUGCAUGA